UCACUAUACAAUUGUUUGCAGUAAUUCGUGUUAUGGGAGACCAAGACUAUAUAAUAAUCGAAUCUUUUAGGUCUUAUAAUGAGUAAUAUUGCAAUAUUGAGCAAGAAUUUGAAUCAGUCAGUUUAAGGUUAAGAGUAAAAUAAAUUUUUGACCACAGAUGGGAGGAGCUUUUGAUCACAUAUACACAUAGAUAUACAUUAAUAUAAUUCAAAUAUUUUGAGAGAACAUUACUUAAACAGAAAGUUAUGACAUCAAGGAGAGUUAGUGACAAUUUUUAUGAAUCAGAUGUAGUUCCAAGCGACAUGUUUUUGAAUAUUUGAAUUAAUCUGGAAUAAGUACUCCAAUAAGAUGGAGCCACUAACUGGAGAGGCGGUCUAUAAUUUGAUUAUCCUGGGGAAUCGCGAGGUGGGAAAAACGUCCAUAUCGUGGCGGUAUGUGAAGGAGGUCUUUUACAAAAACCCCCUGCCCACGGAGGGCGUGGAUUUUCUAACAAAAACUAUACCCGAACCCAAUCUGAGAGUGAGAUUAAAAAUAUCAGAUACUUCAGGGAAAGAAUGCUUCAGGGAAAUUUUGCUGAAAUCUACAAGGGUUCAUGGGGCAAUGCUGGUCUACGAUAUCCACGAUCGGGAAAGCUACGAUGCGGCCAAACAAUGGGUUGUGAAGUUAAAAGCAAGACAAUAUCCAUGGAUAGUUCUGGCUCUAGUGGGUAACAAGAUGGAUGUGCCGAAAGAUAGGGUAAUAUCUACCGAAGAGGCGAAGCACUAUGCCCAAGAAAAUGGAUUACUCUUUUCGGAGACAUCGGCUAAGGCAGACAUCAACAUUACCGAAUGUUUCUUGAAUAUUGCAAUUCGGAUAAGGCAAAUGGAUGUCACUGCCAUUCUAGAAGAAUGUGAUCAACGGAUGAAGAAUAGGAAUCAAAGUUGUAGAUUUCCCCGUUUUCGUUGGCUUUAAUACAAAACUGUAAUAUGGCGGAGAAUGCCAAGCCUAUUUAAAUUUAAUAUUUAUGAUUUCAAAUAAAUGAGAGCACUGUAUAUAAUCAUAUAUAUGAUUCACUGUAGAAUUGUUCGUAGUAACGUACGACCUUG